AUGGCGUCUGUCUUCGAAGAAGUCAUUGCCAACCAGCCUCUUGUCAUUGAUAAUGGCACUGGCCUUUUGAAGACCGGCUUUGCGGGCGACGACACCCCCAAGGCAAUUUGCCCCACCUUCGUGGGGCGGCCAAAACACAAAAGAGUCAUGGCUGGAGCUGCAGAGGGAGAUGUCUUCGUAGGGCCGAAAGCCGAAGCUAUGCGGGGCCUGCUGCGGCUGCGGUACCCCAUGAGGCACGGCAUAGUGGAGGACUGGCUGGACAUGGAGACUCUGUGGGGCUUCGUCUUCAGCAACUUGAACGUCAACUCCGAAGAACACCCAGUGCUGCUCACGGAGAGCGCCUUGAACCCGCGGAGACAGCGCGAAAAAGCUGCAGAGAUAUUUUUCGAAACUUUUAAUUCUCCAGCUCUUUUCUUUUCCGCCCAGCCCAUCCUCGCUCUCUACAGCAGCGGGCGAACCACUGGUCUGGUCCUCGACUGUGGGGCCGGCGUGAGCCACGCAGUGCCCGUGGUCGAGGGCUUCUCGCUCGCGCAUGCAGUGCUGCGUGCGGACUUGGGGGGGCGGGACGUGACGGAGCGGCUGGCGAUUUUGCUGCGCAGGGCGGGGCACAUUUUCCACACCUCCGCGGAGUUUGAAAUAGUGCGCCAAAUCAAAGAACAGGCCUGCUAUGUGGCCUUCAAUCCCCAAAAGGAAGAAAUCACAACUCAAGACAAAAGCGGAGGCGGCUAUCCCUUCCAGCUGCCGGACGGGACCACCAUCUCGGUGGGGGCCGAGAGGUACAGGGCCCCCGAAAUUCUCUUCCACCCGUCCCUCGUAGGACUCGAGUACCCAGGCGUCCACGAGCUGGUCGUCAAUUCCAUUUCCAGAGCUGACCUUGACCUCAGGCGGACUCUUUUCUCCCAAAUUGUGCUUGCAGGAGGCAGCACUUACUUCCACGGCUUCGGUGACCGGCUGCUUAACGAGAUCCGCAAGGCGGCUCCCAAAGACAUCAAAAUUCGAAUUUCCGCGCCCCCAGAACGCAAGUUCUCCACUUGGAUCGGCGGAUCCAUUUUGGCAUCUCUUUCGAGUUUUAAGAAGAUGUGGGUCCCCAGACAAGAGUACGAGGAGUGCGGCCCCAGCAUUUUACACCGCAAGACUCUCUAG